GACCAUCCCCAGAAGAGCGCGUGACCUUGGGCGAGGCAGCCUCAUCAGCCGAGGCAGCCCCUGCUCGCCCAGCAACCGAGGGACUGCUCCUCAGUCCUGGCCGACACCUGGCCUCCUCCAGCCUCCGCCAUCCACUGACAAGGCCCUUUCAGCAUCCCUGCUGGGGGGCGGGGAGGGGAUGUCACAGAUUAUUUAGACAUCGUGAUGAUAGGGCGUCCCACCGGAUGGUGUCGCAGAAACGUCUUCCAUGUAGGUACACCUGAGUGGAGUGCUCAGAACAUCUGUGUGCCUGUAUGUCCAUGUACCUGCCUGUAUAUGUGAUGUCUGCAUGUGUGUAUAUAUGUGGGUAUGAAUACAUUAUUCAUGUAUAGGUGUAUGUAUGUAUUUAUUUGCUCUUGUUACUUGUGAAAAAUAAUCAAGUAAUUCUCAGUGUCAUCUGUUCAAAUAGCACACAAGUGUAGAAAGCAACAGAUCAAGUCCCCUCCCCCCUCCCCCUCCCCCUUCCUCCCCACCUCCCCGUCCAGCCCCCUCCAGAGGGAACCACCACCAUAUCCAUUCGACACUCUUCUACUCCUCUUUCUGUGCACCACGUACAUCUACAUGUACCCACACGAAUACGUGUCCCGUGUGUGGCUGCCGCCUCUAUGACGCCUGUAUUCUCAAGGAGGAGAGUGAGGUCCUCGAGGGAACAAAGGGGUUAGGUGAGAUCCUCCUCUGCCCAGAACCUUCUGGUGAUUUCCCGUCUUCCUCAGAAUAAGAUCCAGAGGCUUCACUCACCAGGCCAUCAAGGCCCACAUGCCCUCAUCCCAACUGCUGGCUCCCUGCUCACACGGUCGCCUCCUACACCUCAAACCUGCCAAACACGUUCCUGCCUCAGGGCCUUUGAUUUUGAUUCCCCUCCACCUGGAAUGUUCUUCCCCAGAUGGCUUCCUCCCUUGAUCAAUCCAGGUCUCGCUCUACGCUCCCCCAUCCCUGAGGUCUGCCUGUCUAUCACAGACCCCCCCGCCGACAGGCUUUCUCCACCCCCGACUCCAUUUUCUCAGUCGUGCUCAUCCAUCAUCCUUGACAUGUUGUAUAUAUUGAUCACUGACCCUUGGCCUCACCCCCACUGAAGUAUACACUCCAUGAAAGUGGGCGGGUGGUUUUAUUUUAUCUCCCCGGUUCCCCCAAAAGUGUCUGAUGUGUCUUAGGCCCUCACAUGAAUGUUUGUGGACUGAGUGAGCUGGGCAGGGGGGCCGGCAGGGAGCCAGCGGAAGUGGGUUUCCUCCUCAGGACCGUGAGCGUCCCGCCGGCAGGAGUGUCAGGGUCCUCUGGGCCUCCAGUCUGCAGCCCCUGGGGACCUCUGGCCCUGGAGAGUCCCACAGUGAGAAGACAGAGCCCCCGAGGACGGGGCACAGAGCCCUGUGAAGGGCUUUGGAAUGCAUUUGGAGAACUUUCUGAGAAGUCCCUGUGGCUGACCCUGGGAUUGGGUUUAUGGGGGAGAAAGCCUACAGUAACCACGCCUGUGUUCACCUUCCCAAACCCACACUCCCUCCCAAUAUGCCCUCCUCCUCUGUACACUACUCCUCGCCCCUCCCCCACCUAACUUCAAAGCCUGAUUCUGGGAAAGGAGAGAAAGAAGCAAUGAGCCAGAGGAGGUGGGGAAAUGGCAGCCUGGAGCGGCCCCUCCCUCCUUUCAGAAGGAGGAUGGUUAGGCCAGAGCUGCCAAAAGAAAGAAAAUACCCCUUCCCCCUUGGAUUAGGCAACUGGGGCUGCAGAUAUGGCUACUUGCCACCCAGAGUGAUACUGCCUGUGACACCCAGAGGCGCAUGAGGACGCCUAGUGAGCCGAUACUCACGUGGGCUCCUUGACUAGACCGGUCACUCAGCACCGCAGCCCUCCAGGGCAGCCGGGUUACUGGGAAAACCACACCUGCAGCGGGCAAAGGUCAGGAGAGGGGACCCAGGAGGGGCUUUAGGGGCGCUGGCCACCAAUGGGGCCUGAGGAGCCUUAGAUGGCUGGCCCUGACUGUUUCUCCCCCACCUGGCCUGGCCUGGGAGCUGGCCUGUCGCUGCCCGCCUGGACCACAGUCCAGUGAAGGCUGGGGAGAUGGUACACUCUCAGAUCCUGUAUCUCCCCGGGUACUGUCCUGGUAAGGAAGGGGCCCUGGCAGCAAAGCUUCCCUCCUCCCUCAGCACUUCUGCGUGUGUCUGGAGGUGGUACACACGCAGAAGAGAGGCUCAUAAAGGGGAGGGAAUGCUUCAGGGUCACAAGCAAGUGGAUGGCAGGGCUGGGUCUUGUCCCCUGCCUGAUGCCUCUGUGUUGGGCCUGCAGAGGAAGAGCUGACCACUGAUGUGCAUCUCCGUUCAGACUUACAUUCACAUCAUUGACCAAAGGACGAGGAAGCCCGUGCUGACCAAAUUUUACACGGACCCCAUGGUGGUGUUUCAUCACGUCAGCGCCUACGAAGAGGACGGCUGCCUUCUGUUCGACGUCAUUGCCUACGAGGACAGCAGCCUUUACUAGCUCUUCUACUUGGCCAACCUGGACAAGGACUUCCAGGAGAACUCCAGGCUCACCUCCGUCCCAGCCCUCAAGAGGUUCGCAGUGCCCCUCCACGUGGACAAGAAUGCAGAGGCGGGCUCCAAUUUAAUCAAACUGUCAUCUACAACAGCAAGAGCCCUGAAGGAAAAAGAGGACCAAGUCUACUGCCAGCCGGAGUUGCUUUAUGAAGGCUUAGAGCUGCCUCGGAUCAAUUGCGCUCACAAUGGGAAGCGAUACCGCUAUGUCUUUGCUGCUGAAGUCCGGUGGAGCCCCAUCCCAACCAAGAUAAUAAAAUACGACAUUCUCACGAAGUCAUCCUUGAAGUGGGGAGAGGUGCACUGCUGGCCGGCGGAGCCCGUGUUCGUGCCCACACCGGGUGCCAAGGACGAGGAUCACGGGAUUAUCUUAUCGGCCAUUGUCUCGACCGACCCCCAGAAGCUGCCUUUUCCGCUGGUUCUGGAUGCCAAAACUUUUACAGAAUUGGCUUGUGCCUCCCUUGAUGUAGAGAUGCACCUGGAUCUCCACGGGCUGUUCAUCCCAGGUGCCAACCGGGAUGCGGGGAAGCAGGCCCCUUCCCGGGAGGAGCGGGACACGGCUGCUGAGCGCUGUGUGGCCCCAAGGACCUGACAGGGUGGGGGCCUGGGCCCUGGAGAGCGGCUCCACCAGACUCAAGGGUGGUCCCUCCCUGGUUGGGGGGCAGGGGGCCCUUCGUUUUAUUUUGCACUUAUUAUUCUCUCCGUGGUUGCUUUGAGACACAGUUGCGGAAAUAGAGCUUUUAUCAGGAUCUUUUCUUUCAUUUCAUUUUGGCCGUAAGAACCUUGUUUGAAAGUUGAUCAAAUAUUUAUUGAUUAGCUCUAGUACUUCUAAAAGCCCCUUUCCUUUAGUAUAAAGACCGUGACCAUGAAUCAGCAAUUGUAUUAAGGCACAAAAUCGUGGCUCCUAGAAUGGGCAGCCACUGACCCACUGGAGAAGAGACACAGAGAUAUUUAUCGUUGCCCCUCCCUCCCUCCCUUCUUUCCCGUGGACCACGUGGUGACUUCUAGCUUUCUCAGCCCUGUGCUGUUAGUAGACUACGUGGCCCAGAAGGCGUGUACUUUGGUCGUUCCAUGCAAGGCGUGGCAUGAUAUAAAAUUGAUAAAACUUUAAAGCCUCUUCAGACCUUAUUUUGAUUUUACAUGGCUUCUUUCCUCUGAAGAUCUUCUAAGGCAGCAAAACAGAGGGGCAGAGCUAGACGGCUCAUAGUCCUCUGGGUGCCUCAUUGCACACCCAGUGGGACAGCAGACUGGUGUGGGCGUCCCCCACCGCAGGAGGGUAUGGAGGGGCUGGAAGCCAGGACUGAGUCCUGUCUUGCCUGAUGCUGAGAACCAGGGUGGCGAGGCAUGCCAGAGCCAUACAGGAAAGGGGGUCCCGUCAGCAGAAUUCCUUGGAGAUUCAUCCAAGUUGUUGUUUUGCUUUCCUUUUAUUUAUUUAUUUGGCUGCGUCGGGUCUUAGUUGCGGCUCCUGGGCUUCUCUCUAGUUGUGGCGCGCAGGCUCCAGAGCACGUGAUCUUAGUUGCCCCGUGGCAUGUGGGGUCUUAGUUCCCCGACCAGGGAUCGAACCCCCAUCCCCUGCAUUGGAAGGCGGAUUCUUAACCACUGGACCACCAGGGAAGUGCUAUCCAAGUUGUUGUUUGUUUUUCAUCCAAGUUGUCCUGUGUUGGGUAUGUUUUAUUCACUACUCUACCCUCUAGAACACUGCCUGGUAGAUGCAGGCUCUACCAACAAAUUAACUAUUUGUUGAACGAAUGAAUUCCGCCAACAAAGAAAUCCAACUCCAUAAUGUACCAAAAAGGGACAGAUAUUUUAAAAAAGAAAAAAAGAAAAGGAUAUUUUACUGAAGAUCUCCUGGGAAGACAAGGAAGACAGUUCACAUGGAACACCACCCCCAAAUUCCCUACAAGGGUUCCUCUCCCAGCUGUCCCUGGUCUCUCCUCUCUUUCUUCCCCUGUUGGUUCCUCAAAAACUCCUCUACCAUCCCAGCAUUUCCUUUUCAUGCUCAGCUCAUAGAUCCCAUUAAACAAAAACCCAAACUCCGUGGAUGGAAUGAAGACCAUCGACUCUUCUCCUCUGGAGACUUCAGUACUUCCAGCCUUGAUAAGAUGGAUUGGGAGGAAAUGUCAACCAUGGUGGCCUAAGAAACAUGUGAUGGAGGCCCGCAUUUGGGUGGCAGGAACGGAAAAGAGUUGACAAAUGGGACAGUCACUCACCUAUUCGUUAUUCUACUUUAAACGUUUGAGAAGAGGGUGGUAUUUGAAAAAUGCUCCACCGCUCUUCUACUGAAUUCCCACUGGCAAACAAUACCCAGACCUACUCAUGAAAAAGGACGCAGUUCUGCGGGGAAGAAAAACACACCAAAGGUCAAUGCUGGGACGUCCAAUUUACCUUGAUCCUGAAUUCCGUCAUAUUUCAGACACAGGCCAGGGUAAUUAGCUCAAAAGGCCACAGGAGCCAAGACGCGUGCGCCUUUCUUGAAGCCGAGACCGUCCGUCUUAUCCUCAGAGCCUUCCUUGUUAUGCUUCAUGUGGGUGUAGUGCAUGUCCAGGAAGUUCUGCAGGAAAAAUCACCCUGGAUCUGUUUAUUCCUUUGAUAAAGCCACAGCUUUUCACAAGUGCUCAAAGACGUGUCAGGUAUGUGGUAAGCCCUCAGAUGUUUGACCCACUAAUUUUUCCUUCAAGGGUUUCUCUAAUUUGAUUCCAUCUCAGGAAUAAGCUGGAUGUAUACGUGGACAAAUCAACUCACAAAAAAUCUAAGUGCAUUCGAGCUCCAUCCGCAUUCCUGGUUUGUACUCGUUUCCUCCCAAAGCUACCAAGCACCGGGCUGACUCAGUUGAGAAGGUUGCUGGUCCAGGUUAAGUGAAAACACCUUUGAUCACUUCUUCAGCUGUUUAAAGACAGUUUGGGUGGUUUUUAAAUGGCCGGGGGAAGUCUUUCCCAUGGUAAAUCAGGACAUGCAGACAGAAGAGUCAUCACCACCUUCCUCAUCAUCCAACCACAGUGAGACCAAUGGCCUCUGCUCUUCAGCUUCCUUCCAGGAGUCUGGACUCCGCGACCAGGUGCAGACGCAGGGCCACUGCCCUGGCUGCCGGGCUGCAGCAGGAAGCGGUCUCUCGAGGUCAAGCACCAGCAGAGAGGCUGGGGUUUUCUUGGACAAGAAGAUGGUUCCUUCAACCAGUGAAAAGAAACUGUAGGGCAGCUCUCUGCUGGUUCCAGCAAGGCGUUGGUUCAGAGACAAGGAAACCAAGAUGGAGCCUCAGUCAGUGGAGAUUUAGUAUCUUCCUCCAUCUUCAUCACUGGGUCCUGGCGAAGUUCCAGGUUGUUGUAAACAUCUGUUGGGGUGAUGGACGUAAAGCUCCCUGCACAGCAAACUGCACUAAGAACUCCACAGACUCCAAAAGUUAAGACGGACAAAUUAAGGAUGGGCACCUUACCCAUGGUAACACAGCUAGUGAGUGGAAGAGCCGAGACUCGGAUUCAGACUCACGGCGCCAGAGGCCACGGGCUUAACCACCGAGCGCCAGCCUGCCCACACACCUCUCCAUUGCUGCAGCGAUUGCUCUCAGCGGCGGACCUCGCCCGGCAGCGCCCGUUCAGGGACCGGCAGCUCAGUAGGAGGAACGAGGCUUCGGAUUGGCAGCCUCCGGCGACGCCGGGGGAGGGGGCGGGCACAAAGGCGCGGGAGCGUCGCGCAGAAAUGACGCAACACCGCGGCUCCUUAAAGGCGCCGGACUCUCGAGCGGCGCACGGCGCAGGCGCGUUCCGGAGGCUCCAGAUUUUGCUCGCAGCGCUGAGAGCGGGCCCGGGCAGACGGGCGCGAGCGGGUUGUGCAGACGAGGUGCGCCUCGGACGCGGGCGGCUCGAGGGGUCCGUUUGGGCGGUGUCCGGAGCCCGACCGGCGGGCUUAGGAGUGGGCGCCGCAAUGGCCGAAGGCAGCGCCGUGUCAGACCCUCAGCACGCCACGCGCCUACUGCGAGCGCUCAGCUCUUUCCGCGAGGAGUCCCGCUUCUGCGACGCUCACCUGGUCCUCGACGGGGAGGAGAUACCGGUGCAGAAGAACAUCCUGGCGGCUGCCAGCCCGUACAUCAGGACAAAGUUAAACUAUAAUCCUCCAAAAGAUGAUGGAUCAACCUAUAAGAUUGAACUUGAAGGGAUAUCGGUAAUGGUUAUGAGAGAGAUCCUGGAUUACAUCUUCAGUGGGCAGAUCCGGCUGAACGAAGAUACCAUCCAAGAUGUUGUGCAGGCAGCAGACCUGCUCCUGCUGACGGAUCUUAAAACUCUGUGCUGUGAGUUCUUAGAAGGCUGCAUUGCCGCCGAGAACUGCAUCGGAAUCCGAGACUUUGCCCUCCACUACUGCCUGCACCACGUCCAUUACCUGGCCACAGAAUACCUGGAGACUCACUUCCGAGAUGUCAGCAGCACAGAGGAAUUCCUAGAACUGAGUCCUCAAAAGCUUAAAGAAGUGAUUUCUCUUGAGAAGUUAAACGUUGGCAAUGAACGAUACGUAUUUGAAGCAGUCAUCCGAUGGAUAGCGCAUGAUACAGAAAUAAGAAAGGUCCACAUGAAGGAUGUCAUGUCCGCGCUGUGGGUUUCAGGGUUGGACUCGAGCUAUUUACGGGAGCAGAUGCUGAAUGAGCCGUUAGUCCGAGAGAUUGUCAAAGAGUGCAGCAACAUCCCUCUCAGCCAGCCGCAGCAGGGGGAGGCCAUGCUCGCCAGCUUCAAGCCCCGGGGCUACUCGGAGUGCAUCGUGACCGUUGGCGGAGAGGAAAGAGUUUCACGGAAGCCAACAGCAGCGAUGCGAUGUAUGUGCCCCCUCUAUGACCCUAAUCGGCAGCUGUGGAUUGAACUGGCCCCUUUAAGCAUGCCCAGAAUCAACCACGGAGUCCUCUCCGCAGAAGGAUUUUUGUUUGUAUUUGGGGGCCAAGAUGAAAAUAAGCAGACCCUGAGCUCAGGAGAAAAGUAUGACCCAGAUGCAAACACAUGGACUGCACUGCCACCAAUGAACGAGGCAAGACAUAACUUUGGAAUUGUGGAGAUAGAUGGGAUGCUGUACGUUUUAGGAGGAGAAGAUGGUGAAAAAGAGCUAAUUUCCAUGGAAUGUUAUGAUAUUUAUUCUAAAACCUGGACAAAGCAACCCGAUUUAACCAUGGUUAGAAAGAUUGGCUGCUAUGCAGCUAUGAAAAAGAAAAUCUAUGCCAUGGGUGGAGGAUCAUAUGGAAAACUCUUCGAGUCUGUGGAAUGUUACGACACACGGACCCAGCAGUGGACCGCUAUCUGUCCACUGAAAGAGAGAAGGUUUGGAGCUGUAGCCUGUGGAGUCGCCAUGGAACUGUAUGUAUUUGGGGGAGUCAGAAGUCGCGAGGACAUCCAGGGGGGCGAGAUGGUAACCUGCAAGUCGGAAUUCUACCACGAUGAGUUCAAAAGGUGGAUCUAUCUUAAUGACCAGAAUUUAUGCAUCCCCGCCAGUUCCUCUUUUGUGUACGGAGCUGUCCCCAUAGGAGCCAGUAUCUAUGUCAUCGGAGAUCUGGAUACAGGUACCAAUUACGACUAUGUGCGCGAGUUCAAAAGGAGCACGGGAACCUGGCACCACACCAAGCCCCUCCUCCCCUCCGACCUCCGCCGCACCGGGUGUGCAGCCUUACGUAUUGCGAAUUGCAAGCUGUUCCGCCUGCAGCUUCAGCAGGGCUUGUUCCGCAUCCGCGUUCACUCACCUUGACGGGGCCGCGGCGCGGAAGCGGAGCUCCUGACCAAGCGCGCCGGGACGCGGCGCUCUGCGAGGGGACAGAGAUGGCAGGCGACCCUUGCUCUGCGCCGGCCUCUGUGCGGUAACGCGAGUGGUUUUCUAACGCUUCGAAGCCUGGGCUUCCAGCUCUUGUUCGGGAGAACACGUAACUGCUGAAAAAAAAAACGAGGAGGAGUCAGUUCCUCCAGGAGAUGUGCCCCUAGACCAACCGGGCUAGUCAGCGUCAGAGGCAAAGGGAAGUGGGGAUCCGUGUCAUGUAAAAUCAGGAAGUGACAGCACCGAGGUGCAUGUCCCCGCGGGGAGCUCACGUCUGGCUGACCGCUGUGUUCCAGUACCUGGCUUUGGUUAACAAGCGAGCAAACAUGCAUAUAUCAACAUAUCCAAACAUACCGGGAUUGCUUUUCCACUGCACUUGGAAGGAGAUAGGAUGCCUAACUGUGCCCAGCAAUUUAAGGUUUGUGCCUAAAAUGUUAGGUUGGACUCAAUGCCAGUUAGUCUCCACUUACUACUAGUUCUCUGUCCUAAGAAUCUUUUUUAAACUAAAUUAUGAUGAAUUGAAACUAAGGUAAAAUGUCUCUUUUAUGACAUUCUAUCUUAGUGAUCCAAAAGAGUCAAUAAAUUAAGGAGUCAGGUGGCAGCCCUCCUGUGAAGUUAAAGGAAGUUGCUGACUUCUGUGUUAAUUCAGAUGAAGAUGUGUCAUGCCGUCAUUUCUGGGGUUGUGAAGGAUCUCAUACAGUGCCAGUCUUCCUUUCCAACUAACCAGAACUGUUUUAUAAAUAUGAGGAUGUUAGUGAGUAGGAGAUUUUGUACAAGAAGGACCUGAGCCGGACAAAUAAUAAAGAUCUGCUAUGACCAAAAAAAAAAAAAAAAAAAAAAAAAAAAAAGUCCAGAGGAAAUAUAUAGGGAUCAAAAACUUUUAAAAGUAAUCUGUCUGAAAGCACACAAAGUCUUGUUUACUACUGUCUAGGAUUUGAAAACGUGUCUUGGAAUGCGAAUCCAUGUAAAGAAUCUAGUCUUUGUAGCAGAAUUUUCUCAACGCCACGAGUUUCAGACAAAUUACGUUACAAGUAAAGGUUGGCUGGUAGAAUAAACUACCUCAACUUAAUUUCAUUCUGUUCGUGUAGAGCAAAUUAAUCCUUUCCUCCUUCCCUCCCUCUCACUCCCAUGUCGACCCACUCAACCGCACUCCCCAAGGGGGAAAAAGUCUGUCAUUAGUGGCACUUACCUUGUAAGGUAUUUUGUUUUCCAUUCGAAUUAUACCCCCUUAGUGUGAAACCAAGGAGUUCAAAGUGCUUGAUGACUUCAUCAUUUGAAUUUUAUGCAAUAUCAGAUUUCUAAUCAAUUUAAUAUAGAGCUCUUCAUUUCUAAUUGUUUUCUACAGCUUCCCCCCACCCUUAGUAUAUGGCUAUAAGAAGCAGCAUUUAGUCUUAAUGAUUGAUAAAUGUGUAAGUGUAUCCUUUGGUUAUACAUUUGAGAAUAGGAAUUUCUCCUAGAAACUUCCUACCUGGAAUGUCUGUAUGCUUUUCCCAUGCAUAUGAAACAUCGUUUGUCUUUUCCCACCCAGGAACAGUAGAAGUCAAUCCAGUGCUAGAAAAGUCACUGAGCAGCCUUGUCUGUGGGAAUUCUAAAGAAUGUUGUGUGUGCACAUUAACUCUCCAUCCUGGCAGAGACAUGGGUAAAAGGAGGUACAGGGUUUUCCUCUUCUCUAUCAGAGGCACUGGGCCAGAUUUGCCAGCCUUUCACAUAACAGUCAGAUUUGACAUGUAGGUCAAAGCCAGCCUCUUUGCUUUGUGCUGUGUACCAGUCAGCUGUUGUCUGCAUGCUUUCCCCAGGAUACCUUGGAUGUCUUUUAAUCAAAGCAAACUGCUUGGCCACUGCAAAGAAAGAAAACUUUCUUUGUACAACUAGAUGUUAGUUUUAGAGGAAAUAAAUUUCUGAAAAAGUGGAUUUUCUUUGGUAAAAUGUCCCAUACAGAGCAGAACCCUGGCCUUCAGAAGCCACAGCUGAGGUACAUUAAAGUGGUAACUGAUGUUCUAUUAAAGCCAUGACAGUCAGCAAUUCUCUUUUCUUUAAUUUCUGAAAUUUAAAGUCCUUCCCAGGCUAACCAGGCCUCUCCAAGGAGACAGUUCAUUGUUUAGGAGUGAGUGGGUCCCUGCUGCAGUAUUAUCAGUGCCUGCAUGACUUGGUCAAUUCAUUUUAUAUAAGUAGUUUUGUUUUGUUUUUUUUUUAAUUUAGUUCAUUGACCCUGUAGCUGCAGAAAUUAGGUAACUUUUUAAAAAUUAAAUUUGCCACAUAAUAUCGGAUGCAAUAAACAAGAAAAGCUGCUAAGUGCCAAACUGUUAUUUUACUAUAUAUAAAUAUAAAAAUAUUACAUUGUCAUGUAGGGAUAUAUUUAAUUUUAUUAUGUUCCAAAAUUAAUCAUGACUUUUGUAAAUUACAGUUACUUUAGUAUCGUGAAAAAUUCUUUAACUAAUUUCACACAGGUUUGUGUUUUAACCAUCCGUUUAUGCCUUGACAUAUCCUUUCUUGGUAAAUUUUUGAUACUUUUUCCAUUAGGCACUUUUAUCAGGUGUAUAUUGGAAUUAGCGGUGAAAGAUGGAUCUUAAAAUUUUAAAUACAGUAUCUUUGGGGGAAGUGCAAUUUAUUUUCGUUAUCCGCCAACAGAAGGAAAGUUGUCUCAGCUUAGAGUAAUUUAAAGGAUUUCUUCUAGGCUACGGCCUAAAGUAGGUUUGUUUGUUUCUUUGUUUAACACAUCCAAAUACAGAUUUUUUUUUCAAAGAUUUAAGUGUUUAAUUUAAAAUGAAGUUUUAAUUUUUUCUGUGAUAGUGCUUAUAUCCUGUGAGAUGUAAAAGUGUGAGAGAGAGUGUGUGUGUGAGUGUGUGUAUGUGUGUGAUGUGACUAGGUAAAUCUGUUUGUAUAUGUUUAGCUUUGGAAUUGUCGUUCCAAACUACAUGUAUUAUUGUCUCCUGGUGCUUCAGAUAAAUUCUUGAGCCUGUGGUCCUUCAGUUUAUACUACUGUGUUAAACUCAUGUUGAGUGUGUAUAUUGAUGUAUUUGUAGUUUGUAGUAAGUUUUACUUGGCGUUUGCAUUCCUUUUCUUUAGCAUAUUAAAAACAGUGUUAGUGUUUACCACCUCAUAGUUGGUAUGUUAUGAAGAUUUGGCCUAAGAAAUUUCUAAAUUCAUCGUUUCUUUUACUGCUGUGAGGAGUUGAUAGCUGACAGUAGGCUUUUUUCAAACUGUGCAACCACCAAAAAAGAGUAUUUGGGGGAUGUUGGAUGGCAUAUUGUUUGUCUUGAAGUGUUCUGUUAUCUUGCACUAUCACUUUAAUGAUGGCACUUUCUUCGGUGAUGCUUUGGAAGUGCCAUUUUGUCGUUUAUGAGUGAGGAGUUCCCUAGGCAAUGCAUGGGAGAUACAUCGUUUAUAUUGAUGUGGUAAAGACGGGGCUCCUUUGCUGUGGCACUGCAGUUACUCAGGGUAGCAAGUUAGGUUUUUAGAGAAAUGUGUUAGCUGCUUAGGUCCUUUGGGGUUCCGUCUGGUGUGUUCCUGCUUCAUUGCACCAAACCAGGGAUCUCCAAAAGUUUUCCAAGGAGCAUUAAAAACACUGCAGUAUUACCUUCCGGAAUGUUGGCUUUCUUGAUUCAAGAGGAGGCUGCCUGUGGUCAGAUGAAGAAUCCGGGGAAAGAAUGAGGUGGCACUUUCACCACAUCAGUUUCGAAGGUGCUGGAACCCCCGUACAGAGCACCCAGUGGAAGGGAAGGGAAGAGUGAGGCUGCUCUGGUUCAGUGGGUGCCCCUGGAGCCGUGAGAGAAGAGACUCCAACUGGCACAGAAAAGCCCGCUCUGGGUUUAAUCAACAGUGUUGAUUGAGCACCUACUCGGAAUUCUGCUU